CGGAGAAUCAGGAAACACACCGCUGCUGGUGCUGCAAGUCACAAGAAAGCUCUCCAUCAUGGCCUACCAGGCUGGGAUUCUCGAGGAGCCCAGUGCUCUGGUUCAAAACAUCAGCUCCAACAUCCAGAGGCUGACACUGCUGACGUCUGAGCUGCAGAGGGCAGUUUCUCUGGUGGGGACGGAGCAGGACAGCAGCCAGCUACUGCAGACGCUGCAGCAGAAACAGCAGCAAGGCAACCAGCUCGCGAAGGAGACUGACAAACUGAUGAAAGCUUUCAGUGCACUUCCUGUCGGCCCUGAUCAGCGGCAGAGGAAGUUACAAAAAGAGCGUCUGGUGAACGACUUCUCCGCCGCCCUGAAUAGCUUCCAAAAGACGCAGCGGCAGGCGGCAGACAAAGAGAGAGAUUUUGUGGCCAGAGUCAGAGCCAGCUCCAGGGUGUCGGUAGGACAGCCUGAGGACAGCUUUGGAAAUGAGCCUUCUUUCCUUAGUGACUCUCAGGUGCAGGCGCAGACUGAGGCCAUCACUGAAGAUGACCUGAGGCUGAUCCAGGAGAGAGAGAUGUCCAUCCGGCAGCUGGAGUCCGACAUCACAGAUAUCAAUGACAUCUUCAAAGACCUGGGGAUGAUGGUUCAUGAGCAGGGAGACAUGAUAGACAGUAUAGAAGCCAACGUAGAGAAUGCAGAUGUGAACGUUCAGAACGCCACCCAACAGCUGGCACGUGCUGCAGACUACCAGCGGAGCUCUCGGAAAAAGAUAUGCAUCCUGGUGAUAGUGUUGGCUGUAGUCGCGGUUAUUGUUGGACUCAUCAUCUGGGGAGCUGUCAAAAACUAAGGGCUUCUUCCUCCUCCACUCCUCUGCCUCUCCUGUUUAGUCAUCAGCCUGGAUAAAGGAUGAAGCACAGUCAUUCCUCUUUUCCUCAUCCCCUCCUUUUCUCCCUCCACUCGUGAAGGGGAGUCACAGAGACGGUCUGCCUUUCUUUGAUUUGUUUAUAUUUUUGUCUGUUGCAGUCAGGACCGCACACUCCUUCACUGUGAAAACAAAACCAGCUCUGGUAGCUUUAUUGUUAUAAUCAGCUUUAAUUGCGUAGUUUGUCCGAUUUAGGCAUGAUUUAAUGUCAGGAGAACGCUUUUAGGUUCACCUGAUUGUCAGAGGGAGGUGUAAACACAGGUGAAGCUGUGUUGUGUGGCAGCCAUUUUGGCUCCUCCAGCUUUGAAUGUUGAGUCAGACACAUUACAGACAAUGCUUCUGGGUGCAAUGAAGCAGCAGGUUGCUCUAUACAAGUAAGAGUGGAUUAACCACAUUAUUUUGCUGCAGCUGCUUUCUUUUAUCAGGUCAAAUAUGAAAAAAACAUGCUGAAUGUGAUUCAACAAUUAAAUUAUGAAUGUGCACUAUAUGUAUAAUUUUGGAGUAAACAAAAGGCAGCCUCAUCCAUAGCACAAUUUGACCAAACUGCUCUUAGCUUGCUGCAGUGCGGUGCUCUAAGUGACAGUCGGGCUGGGUGAUAUGGGUGGUAUUAUACACUGAAUGCAUUAUAUAAAUCUCGGUAUGUAGCACCCAUUCUCCAGUUUACCCCCAGGUUAACACCUUUGCUGUGUUAGCACUGUCGCCCUUUUUAGCACUGUCGGCGCCGUUAGCACCAUAAGCUGCCACUUCAGCCACCUCCAUGCUGAGAACCGUGUGGAGCCAACCUCUGAAUCCUAGACUUGCUCCAAAUAUUGUAUCGAGCCCCUUGACGUUAUAACUAGUAAAUUUCUGUUCCACUUUGUUCUUGUAAUGAUUCUAAUUCUAGUGAUAAAUCAAGAAAUCCUGUGCAUACCAAUCGUAAAUUUUGUAGUUAGCACAUCAUAUUACACUCGAUAAUGUCUGCCAGUCAUUCCAAGCAAUUAGGAGUAUUUUUUGUCACUUAAUUGGUGGUUUGUUUCCUUUGUUUAUAACUGCACAGAUUAGAGAGAUUGAAUGGAAAUCAUUUUAUUGAAUUAAAUUACCUGCCACAUUAUAAAUGACCUCACAAAGAAUGUAAGUGCAACAUUUAAUAGUUUAAGUGGUGUUUUACGGUUUUAACUUACUGCACUUUGGUAUGCGUCUUUUAAAGGCCCUGCACACCACACAGGUGUUUUCAGCAAUCUGGCCAAUUAGACCUGGUUACAAGUCGAAGGUGGCCAUAGCUACACCAGUCACUCAUGGUCCAAAGGAGAGGUCUAAUCAGCCAAAUUAAGUGAAAUGACUUGUGUGGGUUGACAGUUUGUUUUGUGGGGGGCUUUACUCAUAGAGAAGUACUGAAAAAGAAUAGAGCGCUUCAGGGAUGGCGUUUUUCUGUAGGCUGAUGCGAAUGUGAGUGUCGCCCUGGUUCCCUCGUCAAAAUUUUUACAUUAUUGAUU